AUUACAAAAAAGCAUGGCGCAUUGCGUGAGACGCUUUGUGCACGUGCGGAUAUUCAACCGGCAUUUUUUUCCAGCUGGCCUUGUUGAUUUUAGUUUCGGUGUGAAUUAACCGAAAUUAAUUUUUAUAUUUUUGGUGCGUACAGAAUACUACUACAGAUACAGCUGCGAUUAAUCAUGGAUUUUAUAAGAAAAAUGUUUGUGCUGUGUUUAAUCGUCAAUUAUUCCCGCGUUGCCUCCGCUGGGCGGGAGCCGAUUCGUUGUCAGACGGUGAUCAUCGGGACGGGCAUCGCCGGCGCCUACGCCGCGUAUAAACUCGCCCCGACCUUAAAAUCGGACCUGUGCGUCAUCGAACGCCACGCCUACGACGGCGGCCGCAUCAUCGACGUCAGCGAGGCCCCCGGCGGUCCGCGCUGGGGCAUCGGCGCCAUCCGCGUGAUGGCCGAGCACGUCAACAUGCGCUACUUAGCCGGCCUCUUCAACAUCACCCUCCAACCGGGCAUGGGCACCGAGUACGUGCACACCGCCGGCCGCGACUACUUCCGCAGCGUCGACGGCAGCACCCGCGGGCGGGCGGCCGGCUGCAUGACCACCCGACUCUCCAACGCCUGCUGGACCGACGCCCAGAUCGUCCAGGCCAUCGUGCGGCACACCCGCGCCCACCCGGAGGAGGUCGACCGCUUCCCGGACUUCCGGGACCUCGUGCGGGCGCUGGUGGGGACCGAGGGCCUGGCGUUCCUCCAGGGCUUCACGCGUUUCAACACCUUCUUCGCGCAAUCCCACUCCCCGGCGUCCAUGCUGGACUUCCUGGAGUGGGAGUACGGGUGGAAAGACCAGCGCAUCUUCUACACGGUCGGCGGGAUGGCGACCUUCGUCCAGCGGCUGAUGGACGCCGUCAGGAGCACCUCCGCCCGGGUGUUCCACAACCAGACCAUCGUCCAGAUGGACGCUGACGUCUCCUUCACCCUCCGGAGCCCCACCCACACCUUCCUCGCCGACGAGGUCAUCGCCAGCAUCGACCCGUUCAAUUUGAAGCAGGUGCGGGGCAACGUCGCGGCGGCCCUGGUCCGGAGCCGGGAGUUCCAGUCCCUCCUGCCGCACGUCGUCAGCACCGUGACGGCGUGGUGGCCGGCACGCUGGUGGGAGCGGGUCCCGAUCAACGGCACCGCCGGGCGGUUGACGCGGUACAUCAACCACGAGUUGUGUUUAAACUCCAUGGACAUUCCGGUGUUCCCGUACGGGAUCGCGCAGAACGUGUCGCGGGUGGUAUAUGACGACGGGCAGUGUCUGCCGUUGUGGCGGAAGCUGAUCACCAACAGGACGACGCCGGACGCGCAGGAUAUCCAUCUGCAUGAGACGCGGAAUAUGUCGGAUCCGCUGGUCACCGCCGUGAUGAAGUAUCUGCGCGCGGCGUUCCCGGGCGUCAAGAUCCCGCUGCCCAGGAAGAUGCUAGGUAUGCUGCGGGAGAACGCGUGGCACUACCAGCGCGCCGGCUCGCCCUUCAACGAUCUGGACAUCCGGCGGUGGUCGCGGGCGCCGCUGCCCGGUAGGAAGCUGGCGUUGGUGGGCGAGGCCUACAACAGCCGGCACGCCAUGUGGAGCGAGGGCGCGCUCAAGACGGUCAUGGCCGUGCUAGCCUUCCAAUACGGCAUGUCGUACCCCUGCGUCGACGCCGCCGGCCAGCCCGAAUACAAAACCGAUUUCGCCAAGUGCACGCCGGCCACGGCGCGCAACCGGACGUAAAUUUGUUAGAUAAAUUGUUGCCGAAACUUUGUUAUUUAUUUAUGGAAGCAUAUUACAUGCUUUCGCUGCAGUGUAUAUAUAUGAUUUUGUAUAAGAAACACGCAGUCGUAUAAUCAGCCGCACCGGCGCGCGGCUACGUGAACAACGGUCGCGUUAAAACAUUUUUUAUUCGAACAUCACUGUGCCGAUUUUUUGUGUGUAUUUUAUUUGAAAAUAAAGGGGAAAAGCAUCGAAGCGUGUAACAAAAAUAAAAAUUCACCCAGAAAACGA